AUGUCACCACCGCUGUGGCUCCAGUUCACUGGCCAGCAACCGAAGAGAAAACGAGCAGAGCUGGCCUGCAUUGCAUGUCACAGCAAAAAGAUUCGAUGCGAUCUUCAAACGCGAGGGGGUCAAGGGUACAACAAUUGUACCAAAUGCGCGUCUUCCGGGAAAGACUGCCGAACAAGACCAUCACGGCGCGGUCGUCCAUCUGGCGCCGCACCACGCCCACUCACUCCACCUGACAGCAAUAUCAGCGACGAAGCCAAUACCUCCCGUCGCAAUACCCGUUCCAGAGCGAACCUAGGCCUCGAAACGGUGCCAGCGCUUCCAGAUAACAUCACGAAUAAUCACAGCAACCAUGACGACCAGCCUCUCGAUUUUACACAGCUCGAUCUUCAGCACUCAUCUGGAUCCACAGAGUCCCAGCAGCAGUUAUCAAAUGGGGCAAUUGACGGAUGGGGGUCUGUGAGCGGCUCCAUAGGCGCGACUGGGGAGUCACAAAAUCGAGUCUUAUUUACUGCUGCCAAUGAUUCACCUGCAACCCAACGAACCGAACGAUCAGAGGACCACUGCGAGCAUAAUGACAGCUACCCUGUUGGUCACGUAUUUCUACCGGAGCUUCAGACCAAUGCCCGUGAUCAAGAACGACUCAUUGCUGAAAGACUCCCCGACGUCCCGAACCUGCCAGACUCAGCCCUACAGCAGACCUUCUCCGAAACGUAUUUUGAAUACUGCUAUCCUUGGUGUCCCGUGUUAGAUAGAGAUAGCCUCUCUGAGGAGUUGGCACGGUCUCCACUUCUUGUGAACGCCCUUGCGGCAGCCGGCAGCCACGUCAAGCCACCCAUGAUUCCCCACGACGGACCAGCAAUUUACUAUGACCGAGCAACAUCUCUGUUCUACAACGAUAAAGAGGCAGAUGUGAUGACAUCCUUGAAAGCAAUUUCCUUGUUUUACUGGUGGAGCCCACGUCCGCCAACAAUCCUUCACCGACAUUCUUCCUGGUGGUGGACAUCGGUAGUGAUCCGGCACUGUCAGCAGCUAGGAGUACAUCGCGAGCCUGCACCUGAUCAUCCACUUCGCGAACAGAUUGACCUGAGUUUACGACGUAGAAUCUGGUGGACGGCUUUUGCUCGCGAACGUCUGACCGCAUUAUGCCAAAGCAAACCUUGUGUUAUCGACCCCGAAGACUGCACACUUUCGGAGCCAACAUUAGAAGACUUUCCGAAUAUACAGGACAAAUGUAAAGCGGAGAUCUUCAUUUAUUGGGUCCGACUGUGUGGCAUUAUUGGAAAAGUCGCCAAAUACCUUGUACGCACCGGCGAAUCUCCUGGUGCGUUUCCAGUCCAACUUGCUCGGGAACUCAUUAAUUGGGUACAAUCAUUACCACCGCAUCUUCAACUGCCUAUCAGCUCAGAUCACACAACUUCAUUUGAUCGAGAUGUAUACCAGCUUCACCUGCCAUAUCUUGCUGUUAUAAUAAUCAUUCAUAUGAAACGAUCCACCUCAUCGCAGCCUCUCCCACAAGCCUAUCCACCUGCUAUUUUAGCGGCAACUUGCAUGGCACGGUUGAUGAGGGAUAUACUUGCUCGUGGUGGUACUAGGUUUCUCAUGGCCAUUACAGGUUGGUACUGUGGUACUGCCUUUAUCGCAUUAUUACAAGCGCUACGCAUUGAGAGUCUGGCCAAGAGUGCGAAUGAAGAUUUGGAUAUUCUUACUUUAGCUGUUGACCAGUUGCGUCAGAUGUGGCCUACUGCUGCUGUAUUCUAUUCUGGUUUUGAGCGUUUACGGCAGAAUGCCGUCGGUCCUGAUUUGGAAUCCCAGCGUGCUCCUGGUCCUGAGCUGGGAAUGGGUGAUGGGUCAGGAUAUAUGGAAAUGACUGAUGGUAUUGACUGGACCGUUUAUUUUCCUUUUGCAACAUCACAAACAAGUGGGAUUGCAAGUCGACUACUCGUGCCUCAUACGGAAGAACUGUUCUUUGACGAUGAUGUGUUUGGGGAUGCUAUGCUUCAGUUUCAAUACUUGUUUGAACCCUGUGAUACCCUUACGGAGAUGAAUUUAUUUGCAUAG